AUGAUUGGCCAUACAAUCGCUAUUCAUAAUGGAAAGGAACAUUUGUCCAUUUAUAUAAUAGAUCGUAUGGUAGGUCACAAAUUAGGAGAAUUCGCACCUACUCGGAGUUUCGGAAUGAGAUAUUACUUCAAAGAUAAGAAUGAGAUCUUUAAGAUUAUCAAGGAAUCACUUGUUGUGAUAAUGGAAAAGCAUUAA